UAAUUUUGCUAUUUGCAGGCCCGGGUGACGGCUCGAAGUCGCUCAAAGUCAUGAUUCUGCUGCUGGUGGUGAUGGUGGUGGGUUUGUGGGGAGCGGAGGUGAGGAGGGGCGUCUUGCUGGGGCGUGAGAGGGGCCAGGAAUGGGAACCCGAGACGCUGAAGGUGGUGGCGGAGGCGGUGAAGAGCCACGUGGGUCUGUGUCACCUGGUGGUAGUCACGCCGCCCCUACACUCCCCUCGGCUUCGGCAGGUGUUCAAAUUCGUGCGGGCUGGAGCGGCGUUCGGGGAGGUGGUGGUGACGGUGGCGAGGGGGGCGGAAGGGGAGAGAAACGAAGACCUGCCAUCCGCUGGGGACUUCAAGAACGUGUUUGGGUACCCGUCAGCCGAAGGGGCCAAGUUGAGCUGUCGCGCGGUGGUUCUCGUCGCUCUAACUCCCGCUGACACCGACCUGACGCUUAGCUUCGUGGAGGCGGCGGCAAUGUGGAGGCUUUCAGACACCCGCGUGGUGGUGGUGGGCGUCCAGGGAGGGGCGGAAAGGGCGCUCCUCCACCCCAGCCUCCGGAACACCGUCCACGCCCAUUACCUGGCCCUUCCGCUGCCUCAGAACGCUUCAGGAACGAGAGGUGAAGGUGGCGGGGGCGUUGCUGUGUAUGGGCGGUGUUUGUACUGUGGCCGUGGCGGGGAGGCUGCCGUGUACCUGCUGUGCCGCGCCUCCGGGGACCCACAGGUGUGCCCCCUCGCCCCGCCCGCAGCGCCUCCCGUGGACAUGCAGGGUCACUUGCUGCGAGCCGUGAUCAUGGCGUACCCUCCCUACCUCCUCAUAGAGCGCGACAAGGCCGACCCAAAGCGCUAUCUGCUCCAGGACUCCCCAGAUAGGAGGGUGCUCUACGCUCUUGUCCAGACCCUUAACUUUACGUACGAGGUGAUGGAGCCAGAGGACAGGCAAUGGGGAAUACUUGUGAGCGACAAAGACUGGAACGGCAUGGUGGGGAUUCUACAGCGUGAGGAGGGCGACUUUUCCUUCGGCCUGUCCCCGCACCCCAGCAGACACAAGGUCAUCUCCUUCUCAACAGCCUACUACCAAGACCGCCUCACCAUCCUCUCCCCGAAGCCUGAACCGCUCUCCAGACACAUGGCUAUCGCGUGUCCCUUUUCAGUUGGCGUGUGGUUGGUGGUAGCGGUGUCCACGGCGUCUCUGGGCGUGACCAUGUGGCUGCUGCAGAGGGCCUGUGCGUGGCUGUACGGGGAGCGAGCCCAGGGGACGUUCUCGGCCUUCUGCUACAGCUGCGGCAUCCUGUUGGAGAGGCCGCCCGCACACAUCCCGCGGCACCUCUCUGGAAGGGUUCUGGUGGGCUGGUGGCUGCUGACGGCGAUGGUGCUGACAACGGCGUAUCGCUCCUCCCUGGCGGCCGACCUGAGCGUCCUGUCCUUCCCUCCGCCGAUAAACACCUUUCAGGAUAUUCUGAGUCGACCAGGCUGGACGUGGGGCAGCCGGGGGUUCCACGGCAGCACUUACAUGUUCUUCAACAUGAGCAUCGACCCCGUCAUAUCGCAGAUUUCAAGGGGCAUGGAGAUCCUCGACCCUGAAGCGGGCCUGAGGCGGGUACUGGACGGCCGCUUUUCCUUCAUCAUGCACCAGUCCGAGGUCCUCGUGUACGUGAAGGCGCUGUACGAGGACGGGGACAGAAAAGGGCCCUUCCACAUCGGCACGACGCGCUACGCCAACCCUGCAGGGAACGCGGUAGGAACCCGGAAAGGCGCGCCCUUCCUCGACGCCAUGAACAAGCGCAUUCAGGGGCUUUUCGAAAUGGGAAUCAUCGACUUUUGGAUCGAGGAAGGAAACUCCAUCCUCGCCCGCCAAAGGAAGCUAAAAAUACACAACAGCAAGUCCCAGGGGAGUCAUGCCCUCUCAGCGCCUCCGUGGCUCGCGUACAAGAACAGCGGGAGAGGCGAAGUUGUGCUGGGGCUCGAACAUCUUCAGGGCGCCUUCUAUCUUCUCUUCCUCGGCCACGGCAUCGCUCUUCUUUUCCUGGUGGUGGAGAGAAUCAACAUUACUCUCACCUCCGCUAAGCCUGUCCUGUGAUUACGUCUCGUCUUGGUGUCUUUAUAAGCUUUUGUGUCGACUUAAUUCGUCCUUUUCUUUUUCUCCUUAGUCUCGUUAUCACCCUUGUUCUCAAUCAACCCUCCCCCUCACCUUAUUCAACUUAUUGCAACGUCUUGUCUUGGUGUCUUAUAAGCUUUCGUGUCGACUCCGUAUGUGUUAUGCUUUUGUUUUCCUCCUUAGUCUCGUUGUCAGCCUCGUACUCAACCUCACUGUCUCCUAUACCUUGAUCGUCCUAUGGCAAAGUCCCGUCCUGGCCUGUAGUAACUCCUCAGUCGUUUUUAUUUGGUGUAGUGUUACUGUUUCAGGUCUUAUCCUCAUGUUCGUCCUAUAUGGUGAAGUCUCGUCCUGGCUUGUAUUAACUUCUCAGCCGUGUUUGUUUGGUGCAGUGUUACUGUUCCAAGUCUUAUCCUCAUGUUCGUCCUAUGGUAAAGUCUUGUCUAUAUGGUAAAGGCUUGUAUUUACUCCUCAGCCGUUUAUGUCUGGUGUAAUGUUAUUGUUUCCAGUCGCAUCCUCGUCGUCACCUUACCAUCUCUGUCCUGUGGUAAUCUCUCGUCUUGUCGUCGCUCAACCUUUGUAUGAACUCUUCGGCUGCUUCACGUUUGCUGCGAUAUCACUGUAAUGACCUCAUGAUGCAGACAAGACUAGUUAUCGUACUCGUUCUUGUCUUCACCUUACUACUCUGUCGCCUCGUCUGUUUAAUGGCAACCUCUCGUUUUGUCCUCGUCUCCGUUUUCGUAUUAGUUCAUCAGUAGCUUCACGCUUUGCUAUGCUAUUACUGUAAUGCUUUCACUAUGCAGACAAAUGUAGUUAUCGUACUCGCGUCAGUGUUGUCUCGUGACUGUAACAUAAUCAUUCACCCCUGUAUAAGGAUUGUGUCCAUGGAUGAUUGGUGGGUGUUGGUUUGCCGUCUAAGAAUUGUAAUCAUGAAUAGGUAUGCUCUUCUGAUUUACUCAUCCGGUUGGCCCAUCCCUUCUCUAUAGCAUGACAAGGAUAUAGAGUUGGAAAAGUUGGAUGGGCCAUAAAAACUGCAGACACACUACCAGCUCAUAAGUUGAUUAAUCGUAUUGGGAAAGCUACGUAUGAUUGAAUGGGCCGGAAGGAUGUGUCUUAAGCAGUGUACUUGUUCUCAGUCUUGAUAAUGGAUGCAGAUUUAUUUUCUAUGGUAAAUUAUUGUGCUCAUAAAUUAAUUGCUGCUGGGUUUUUGUAUAUUUUUCGCCCUUAGUAAGAAAGCAACACAUGUAAA